AUGCUAGUGGCGUUUACUUUUCUUGCUUUGUAACAUUUUGUGGAACAAAACGUAUAUAAACGUAUAUACUCGAGUAUAAGUCGACCCGAAUAUAAGUCGAGACCCCUAAUUUUACCCCAAAAAACUGGGAAAACGUAUUGACAUCGAGUAUAAGACUAGGGUGGGAAAUGCAGCAGCUACUGGUAAACUUCUAAAUAAAAUUAGAUCCCAAAAAAUUACAUUUAUUGAAUAUUUAUUUUGUGUAUAUAAUGAAUGCAGUGUGUGUGUGUGUGUGUUUUGUCUUUCUCUCUCUUUUGUCACUCUCUUUUUUGUUUUUUUCCCUUGUUUCUCUCCCUUCUGGUCAUCCAUAUAUUGACAGUCCUUGUAUCUGUGAAACAAUAUCUCUGUACAAACAAGAGCAGUACUUAAGAUGAAUCAACACAUGACAAAACAGGAAUAGUGGGUAAAAUUGCAUAUUCUGUUCCAAAAUCUGUAAUAUCUGCAUUUGAAAUUAUUAAUUAGAUAACGUUUUACUUUAUUGAAUUAUAUUUCCUAACCUCCAGGUCAUGUUCGGGACACACUGAUCCAUGAAGUCUGUCAUGCAGCUGCUUGGUUAAUUCAAAAGGCCACUGCCCAGCCAAGCUACGUGCCGUCACAAUUAUAAAAUACAUUUCAAAUUCACCUAUCAAUACGUGACUGCAAAAAGUUGUUUGGUACAUUUUUGUCUGAUUUAUAUUAUUGCUUUGUUGCUCAAGUGAAAGGCUUGUUAAUUUUCAAAGAAUAUACACAACAAGGCUCAAGGCAGAGUUCUGCUGAAUUAUAUCCUGCCUAUUUACUAGCAUACAUGCAAAGCUCAUUUAUAGACUUUAUGUAGGUUGUUAUGAUAAGCAUGCGCAUAGUACCAACAUGUUCCGCAGCGCUUUGCAAUUAUAUACAGGGGAUAUUAGACAGCAAGUAAUUGACAUGAAGAAUUUUAAAGAGACACUCUAGGCACCCAGACCACUUUAGCUCAUUACAGUAGUCUGGGUGCAGUGUCUCAUCACCCUUAACCCUGACCAUGUAAGUUUUUAUAAACUGCAAUAAUUACCUGCUAGGGUUAUUAUUAUUAUUGGUAUUUAUAUAGCGCCAGCAUAUUUCGUAGCGCUUUACAAAAUUAUCAUGGGAGAUUUAACAAUAAAUAAAACAAUUACAAAAAAAACUUUAGGAGAUGGUGUAUAAAACACAAUAGGACAGGGUUAACUCCUCUAGUGGCUAUCUACAAGACAGGCACUAGAUGGACUUCUGGGCUUGAAGGUGUCACCGGAAUCCCCAUACUAAAGCACUGAAUAAUGCUUUCCUGUGUGGAAAUCCUAAUGCGUGCGGCCAUUGCUGCGCAUUAGGUUUCCGGCGGGGUAGGGGCGUGGGCAGACCCAGGUAAGUGACAGAAGGGGUUAUUAACCCUCUCUGCACCAUGGGUGGAGAGAGGGCACGACAGAGGGGAAAGCUGUAGUGCCAGGAAAGCAAGUUUCCUUUCCUGACUAUAGUUUUCCUUUAAUAGAAGCAAGAGGUGAUCAAUGCCCUGCUCAAAUGAGCUUACAAUCUACGAGGAAUUGAGGUAGGCAGAUAUAUAUUGUUAGAUAGUAAAAACAAAGAGAACGUUACCUGCGCUCUGGCCUUAAUCCCUAUGUAUAUUUAAACAAAAUGGAGGCUCUUUAGUUUUAUUCCAAUGGCCAUUUGAAUAUAAGCUCACCUGACACGUCAAGGCAAGCCCCAAAAGGUGAGUCCUACAUUAGCCAUUACCUUUCUUCUGCCUUUCAUUGUAGGACCAGACAUCAUUCAAAGUCACUAGAUACAGAGAA